AUGUUUCUCGCGGUGAGGACAAGGUUUCUGGCGGUGAGAACAAGGUUCCUGGCGGUGAUGACAAGGUUCCUGGCGGGGGACGCCGAGGUUGCUGGCGGUGAAGACAAAGUUCCUGGUGGUAAGGACAAGAUUCUUGGCGGUGAGGACAAGGUUUCUGGCGGCGAGGACAAGGUUCCUUGCGGUGAGGACAAGGUUCCUGGCGGUGAGCACAAGGUUUUUGGCCGUGAAAAAAGUUCCUGACGCUGAGGACAAGGUUCCUGGCGGUGAUGACAAGGUUCCUGGCGGUGAAGACAAGGUUACUGGCUGUGAAAAAAGUUCCUGACACUCAGGACAAGGUUCCUACCGGUGAGGACAAGGUUCCUGGCGGUGAGGACAAGGUUCCUGGAGGCGAGUACAAGGUUCCUGGCGGUGAGGACAAGAUUCCUGGCGGUGAGGACAAGGUUCCUGGCGUUGAGGACAAGGUUCUUGGCGUUGACGACAAGGUUCCUGGCGGCGAGGACAAGGUUUCUGGUGGUGAGGACAAGGUUCCUGGCGGUGAGGACAAGGUUUCUGGCUGUGAAAAAUGUUCCUGACACUGAGGACAAGGUUCCUACCGGUGAGGACAAGGUUCCUGCCAGUGAAGGCAAGGUUCCUGGCGGUGAGGUCAAGGUUCCUGGCGGAGAGGACAGGGUUCCUGGAGGUGAGCUCAAGGUUCCUGCCGGUAAGGACAAGGUUCCUGCCGGUGAGGGGAAGUUUCCUGGUGGUGAGGACAAGGUUCCUGGCGGUGAGGUUAAGGUUCCUGGCGGUGAGGACAAGGUUGCUGGCGGUCAGGACAAGGUUUCUGGCGGUCAGCACAAGGUUGCUGGCUGUGAGGACAAGGCUUCUGGCGGUGAGGACAAUGUUCUUGGCGGUGAGAACAAGGUUCCUGCCUGUAAUGACAAGCCUCCUGGCGGUGAGGACAAGGUUCCUGGCGGUGAGGACAAGGUUCCUGGCGUUGAGGACAACGUUCACGGCGGUGAGGACAAGAUUUCUGGCUGUGAAAAAAGUUCCUGACGCUGAGUACAAGGCUCCUACCGGUGAGGACAAGGUUCCUGCCAGUGAGGACAAGAUUCCUGGCGGUGAGGACAAGGUUCCUGACGGCGAGGACAAGGUUGCUGGCGGAGAGCACAAGGUUUCUGGCGGUGAGCACAAGGUUGCUGCCGGUGGGGACAAGGUUCCUGGCGGCGAGGACAAGGUUCUUGGCGGUGAGUCCAAGGUUCCUGGCGGUGAGGAUAACGCUCCAGGCGGUGAGAAAAAGGUUCCUGGCGGUGAGGACAAGGUUCCUGGCGGUGUCCACAAAGUUCCUGGCGUUGAGGACAAGGUUCCUGGCGGUGAGGACAAGGUUCCUGGCGGUCAGGACAAAGUUCUUGGCGGUGAGGACAAGCUUCUUGGCGGUGAGGACAACCCUCUCGGGGGUGAGAAGAAGUUUUCUGGCUGUGAGGACAAGGUUUCUGGCGGUGAGGAGAAGGUUCCUGGAGGUGAGGAGAAGGUUCCUGGCGGUGAGGACAAGGUUCCUGGCGGUGAGGACAAGGUUCCUGGCGGUGAGGACAACGCUCCUGGGGGUGAGAACAAGUUUCCUGGCUGUGAGGACAAUGUUCCUCGCGGAGACGACAAGGUUCCUGGCGGUGAGGACAAGGUUCCUGGCGGUGAGGACAAGGUUUCUGUCUGUGAAAAAAGUUCCUGGCGCUGAGGACAAGGUUCCUACCGGUGAGGACAGGGUUCCUGCCAGUGAGGACAAGGUUCCUGGCGGUGAGGACAAGGUUCCUGCCGGAGAGGACAGGGUUCCUGGCGGUGUGCUCAAGGUUCCUGCCGGAAAGGACAAGAUUCAUGCCUGUUAGGACAAGGCUGCUGGCGGUGAGGACAAGGUCCCUGUCGGUGAGGAGAAGGUUCAAUUCCUGGCCGUGAGGACAAGGUUCCUGGCGGUGAUGACAAGGUUCCUGGCUGUGAGGACUAGGUUGCUGGCGGUGAGGACAAGGUUUCUGGCUGUGAAAAAAGUUAAAACGCUGAGGACAAGGUUCCUAACGGUGAGGACAAGGGACCUGGCGGUGAGGACAAGGUUUCUGGGGGAGAGGACAGGUUUCUUGCCGGUGAGAACAAGGUUCAUGCCUGUGAGGACAAGGUUCCUGGCGGUGAGGACAAGGUUCCUGGCGGUGAGGGCAAGGUUCCUUGCGGUGGGGACAAGGUUUCUGCCCAUGAAAAAAGUUCCUGACGCUGAGGACAACGUUCCUACCGGUGAGGAGCAAGUUCCUGGCGUUGAGCACAAGGUUCCUGCCGGUGAGCACAAGGUUUCCGGCGGUGAGCUCAAGGUACCUGCCAGUGAAGACAAGGUUCCUGCCGGUGAGGGCAAGGUUCCUGGCGGUAAGAACAAGGUUCCUGGCGCUGAAGACAAGGUUUCUGGCGGCGAGGACAAGGUUCCUGCCGGUGAGAACAAGGUUCAUGCCUGUGAGGACAAGGCUCCUGGAGGCGAGGACAAGGUUCUUGGCGGUGAGACCAAGGUUCCUGGCGGUGAGAACAAGGUGAAUUCCCGUGAGGACAAGGUUCCUGGCGGUGAGUACAAGGUUCCUGGCGCUUUGGACAAGGUUCCUGGCGGUGAAGACAAGGUUUCUGGCGGCGAGGAGAAGGUUUCUGGGUGUGAAAAAAGUUCCUGACGCUGAGGACAAGUUUCCUACCGGUGAGGAGCAGGUUCCUGGCGGAGAGGACAAGGUUGCUGGCGGUGAGAACAAGGUUUCUGGCGGUGAGCAUAAGUUUCCUGACGGUGAGGACAAGGUUCCUGUCGGUGAGGACAAGGUUCCUGGCGGUGAGGACAAGGUUCCUGGCGGUGAGUACAAGGUUCCUGGCGGUGAGAAAAAGGUUCCUGGCGGUGAGGACAAGGUUCCUGGCGGUGAGGACAAGAUUCCUGGCGGUGAGGACAAGGUUCUUGGCGGUGAGGACAAGCUUCCUGCCGGUGAGAACAAGGUUAAUGUCUGUGAGGACAAGGUUCCUGGCGGUGAGGACAAGGUUCCUGGCGGUGAGGGCAAGGUUCCUGGCGGUGAGGACAAGGUUUCUGGCUGUGAAAAAAGUUCCUGACGCUGAGGACAAGGUUCCUACCGGUGAGGAGCAAGUUCCUGGCGGUGAGCACAAGGUUCCUGGCGUUGAGCACAAGGUUUCUGACGGUGAGCACAAGGUUCCUGUCGGUGAGGACAAGGUUCCUGGCGGUGAGGGCAAGGUUCCUGGCGGUGAGAACAAAGUUCCUGGCGCUGAAGACAAGGUUUCUGGCGGCGAGGACAAGGUUCCUACCGGUGAGAACAAGGUUCAUGCCUGUGAUGACAAGCCUCCUGGCGGUGAGGACAAGGUUCCUGGCGGUGAGGACAAGGUUCCUGGCGUUGAGGACAACGUUCCUGGCGGUGAGGACAAGAUUUCUGGCUGUGAAAAAACUUCCUGACGCUGAGUACAAGGCUCCUACCGGUGAGGACAAGGUUCCUGCCAGUGAGGACAAGAUUCCUGGCGGUGAGGACAAGGUUCCUGACGGUGAGGACAAGGUUGCUGGCGGAGAGCACAAGGUUUCUGGCGGUGAGCACAAGGUUGCUGCCGGUGUGGACAAGGUUCCUGGCGGCGAGGACAAGGUUCUUGGCGGUGAGGCCAAGGUUCCUGGCGGUGAGGAUAACGCUCCUGGCGGUGAGGAUAACGCUCCAAACGGUGAGAAAAAGGUUCCUGGCGGUGAGGACAAGGUUCCUGGCGGUGUGCACAAAGUUCCUGGCGUUGAGGACAAGGUUCCUGGCGGUAAGGACAAGGUUCCUGGCGGUGAGGACAAGGUUCUUGGCGGUGACGACAAGCUUCCUGGCGGUGAGGAAAACCCUCCCUGGGGUGAGAAGAAGUUUUCUGGCUGUGAGGACAAGGUUCCUGGCGGUGAGGACAAGGUUCCUGGAGGUGAGGAGGCGGUUCCUGGCGGUGAGGACAAGGUUCCUGGCUGUGAGGACUAG